CACUAUUUGCAGCUGUUUGUUAAUUUUAUUACCCCGAAGAAAAUGGCUCAACUUUACGCUCACAAACUUUUCACUGGUUUGAUGCGUAAUACAACACCAUUACGUGCGGUAACGAUAUGUAUGAAACGUUCCUAUGCAAAAGUUGCUUCACCUGAAGACUAUGGCCAUUACACGGAUCCACUGGAAGCACACGAGGAGUCAAUGAAAAGAAGGCAGCUUGUUGCAACACUUGCUGGUGAUGAUCGUUACGAGACAAAAGUGUAUUAUAAAUUAGAAAAUUCAACACCGGAAAACCCGAACCUCAUCCCUUCAGAUUUCGAUUAUCGAAUGCUAGCUUGCUUUUGUGAGCCAGACACAACUUUCCCAGUGCUCUUUAUUUUACAUGAAGGGGAACCGCAACGUUGUCGUUGCGGCCAUUGGUUUAAGCUUAUUGAUCAAGAAGGCGCGGAUUAUAUCUGAAGUCAACUUUAUAUUUUCUUCCUAAAUUUUGUAAGAAUUGCAAUUGCUUGUUUGGACAUUAGAUUUAGACAACACUUAUACUCUUUCAAUUUUAGGUGUGAUUAACUUCUCAUUGUUUUUUCCUUCUGUAUAUAGAGUCAGGAACAAUUGGUUUGUCAAUCUCUCAAGAACUCUGCCACCAUUGUUCUUGAAUUUAGGUUUUCAAGACUUCAAUAUGAUGUUUUGGAGUAAAGCAAAUAAAAUCCAUCUCGAAUAUUUGUGUGUGGCCGAAAUAAUUUCACUCUAAAUUUAAUUCGAUUGUAUGAUUAAUGAACUUGGAUAUAUUUUGUUUUAAAUUCAUGAAAAUAUCUAAUUGUUGAUGAUUCAGACACCCCGCUAGUUUUGUAAAACCAGUAAACAUUUUAAAUACGUACAGUUAUAAUGAAAGAUGUUCAAGCUAAUAAAGUGCGAC